AAUAAUGCAGAUUGUCUGAAGUUUCUCUCUCUAUAAUGGAGAGAAAACGAGGAUGACCUAGAUCAAUGCCGACAGAGGAUAAUCGGAAUCUACAGACUUCAACGAGCUAUGAUUCACCAAACCAGGAGAAGAGGAUUGAAACGGGGAAAUAUCCAAGCCCUAAAACUCCAGUGAUGGAGAUGCAGGUAGCAUCAGGUUUGAAGAUCCCUAACACAGAACAGGAGAUACAAUCUGAGGUUACUGGGCAGCAAAAUGGGGGAAAGGAAGAAGAGAAUAAACGGGUUAGUUAUUCUGAAAUUGUUGAAGGUACAUCUAAGGUGAUUUGCGACUUGUCAUUCAUUGAUGCUGAUAUGGUUAACGGACAAAAAAUAGCAAAAUUUACCUCUGAUGAUGUAUUAGAAGACACUGUAAUUUGGGAUCAGGCUAUAAUAUGUUGUGUUUUAGGGGCAAACCCGCCACUAGAAGUGAUUAAGGGGUUUGUUUCAAGGAUAUGGAAGGAGUACAGAAUAGAAGAUGUCUCAUUCCAUAAGGAGGCCCCAAAUAUGGGAAUUGAAACCUUGAACGGUGCGAAUUUUUCUUCAUGGAAAGAUUCACUGAUGCUAACUCUUGGCAUGUUGGAUUUUGAUUAUGCACUCAGAGAGCCUGCCCCUCCUACCCUCACUGAUAAAAGUACUGCUGAAGAUAAAAUAGUACAUGAGAGAUGGGAGAGGUGCAACAGAAUGACUCUUAUGCUCAUUAAAAAUUCCAUCAGCAUAAUCAUCAGGGGAGCUAUUCUAGAUUCAUCUAAUGCUAAAACAUAUCUGGCUUCUGUGGAAGAACAAUUCAAAGCAACUUUUAAGGCACAUGCUAGUACUCUUAUUUUGAAGAUGGUGACUACAAAAUAUGACGGGAAUAGCGGCAUUCGUGAGCACAUCAUGAUGAUGAACGACAUGGCCCGUAAGCUCAAGGGAUUAGACAUGGAGAUCAGUGAAGGUUUUCUGGUGCACUUCAUAAUGACGUCUCUUCCUGCAUCUUUUGAAGCUUUCAAAGUCAACUACAACACCCAGAAGGUCAAGUGGUCGAUGAAUGAGUUGAUUGCUAUGUGUGUACAAGAAGAAGAGCGUCUGAAGCUGGACAAACCUGAUGUGGCUUACCUCAUGACCGCUAAUCCAAAGAAGAGGAAGGGAAAUGUCGAUAAGAAGGAAGUUUCUAAAGUCCAGAAACGUGAUGCAAGUGCUUCUUCCAGCUCUAAGAACUCCAAAGGGAAGUCUUACUGCAAGUUCUGCCGCAAGGAAGGACAUAGACAGAAAGACUGUCAAGACUUUAAGGAGUGGCUGACGAAGAAAGAAGCUGGAAAGAAACCGAAGAACACUUAAGCUGGGGAAUGGAACAGAACUAGCUGUCGAAGCCGUGGGAACCUUAGAAUUAAUAAUGAAAACUGGUUUAUGUAUUAAACUUUAUGAUACCUUAUAUAUUCCUGAGAUUACUCGGAAUUUAGUAUCAGGACCAAAGGUUCCUUCUAAAGCUGUCCCUAAGGGGCUGUUUGGCAACUUCUGAAUAGGUAAGUGCUGAACCAGUAAGAGGUCUGAACCAUUAAGUGCUGAACCAGUAAGAGGUCUGAACCAUUAAGAGCUAGUAUAUUGCUUAACUAUUCAGAGGCAAAUGUCUGAUCAAUUCAGAUAAGAGGUCUUAACCAUUCAGACUCUGUAUAAUACUUAACCAUUCAGAGGCAAAUCUCUUAACCAUU